AAAAAAAAAAAGAAUGCUACAAGAGAAGUUGCAUUCUUGUCUUCUCUACAAGAGAAGGCUCAAUAUUUAGCAAUCUCCAUGCAUUGUUACUAAUUAUUUUCUUCAUUACUUUUGAAUGUUUUUACAUUGGUGAAACAUUGCUCAGCUGGCAAUGUUCUCAGAUUUUUCCUUCUUGAAGUAGAGCAUCAUCACAACGAUAAUCUUUUUUAUCAGCAGUUUUGUAAGCAUGUAUUGACUCUGCCAAGUUUUCGCGUAGGUCCCUUGAGCCGUGUUUGUUUCUGUUCUGAUUCCCUGAAGCCUUUCUCGGAUGGUCCUAGUCUCCAAGUCAUGCAGUUUUUCUCACGCUUAUUAAAUAUCUGCGCUUGGGAUAGUGGGAAAACUGACUUGAUUUAUGGUACUCUCUUUCACACUAAAACAGCUCUUUUGAGUGUGUGUACACACAAACACUGUGGAAGCAGAUUUAUCUUAGCCAAAGUGACUUUAAUCGCCUAUCAUUUGAAAUUAAAUGUUACUCAUGACGAUAGAGCCAAAUGACACUGAAGAUGAUAUGGCAUAUACCAUAAGGACACGGGCAGACCUACCGGAAAGCAGUUCGUGUGACAACUGUGGGCUUCUCUUACUCGGAGAGAAGGCAGGUCUCCUCCCUCCUCCGUCCCGAGUUCAAUCCAAAAGACAGUAUGUGGGGCUGAGCAAGGCAGCUGCCCUGAAAGUGGGGGCAGCAGUCCAGAGGAGGGCUUCAGAGCCCGUGUUGGGGGAGGAGACGUCUGCCUACGGUUUGGCUACAGCAGUGACAGUAAUGUGUGAACAGGGUAUCCAUGAGGGGGUGGCAGAGACCAUGGGAGGAGGCAAGAUUCUCACUGUAGGAGAAGGGGGUUUACAAAUACAGAAAAGAGAGAAAAUGAGAAUACCUAUGGCAUGGAUUGGAAUUGAACUAAUGGUUUUCAAUUUAUAUGAAUAAACAUAUGUGUACAUACUUAAAUACAGAUCUAUACUUACAUCUAUUAAUAUAGAGAGACGUAAAUAUGUGUGUGUAUGUGUAUAAACUCACAGGCAUAUUCCUUAACUCUGUCUAUGGAGAAGACCUGGGAACAGUGACACCCUAAUAGUAAUGAGUACACCUAGCAUUCGGACCUUGGUUUCUCAACAGAGCAGGAAAACUAAAAGAUGAGUUUGGAACAUCUUGUGUCAGAAUGCAAGAAAGUGCUCAAAGAAUGAUGGGGUCAUGACAAUAAGAAACUGAAGCCAGCUUGAAGGGACUCCCACUGGCCAAAUCUGGAAUAAUUUGAGCAUCAAAAUACAUACUGAUAGGAGCAUGUUAUAACUCAUUGAAUAAAAUAGGAAUCCAUGAGUCCAUGCUGAUAUAAAUUGAUAACAUAAACCAGAUAAAGAGAAUUCUUUUUCUUACAGUAGGAUGUGCCACUAAUAAAUGGAGAAGGAAUGACAGAAUUUUCAAAAUCACCAUUUGGCAAUCAUCAUAGUAAUGAGUAAUUCAGCCCAACAAAAUACUUAAUUACAAAGAAGAAAACUAACUUUACAUUGAGGAAACCUAGCCAGUACGGUCGUAAUUAAUCAAAAUAAACGUCAUCAGUUAUGAGACAAAUUGAAUUUGUGCACCACCUGACAGGAUGCAAAGAAUGCAUCAUUACUUCUGUGGUAUUCCUGCCAAAACCUGAAUCUAGUCACAGAGCCACAUCAGACAAACUCAGAUGGAGGGUAAUACUACAAAAUAACCGGCCUCUGAACUUCAAAAUUCAAGGAAAGAAAAGUCAGGAAAGACGGAGGAACUAUUUAAGAUGGAAGAAAACUAAAGAGACUUGAUAACUCAAUGCCAUAUAUGAUCCUGGUUUGGAUCCUUUCGCUAUAAAGGGUAUUGUUGGGAGAAUUGGUGGCACUUGAAUAGAGUCUGUGGAUUAGACAGUAGUGGUAUAUCCUUGUUAAUUUCCUUAUGUUGAUGGCUAUUUUGUGGUUAUAUGGGUUAUAUCCUUGUUUGUAGGAAUUACACACCAGAGCAUUUAGGGUAAAGAGGUAUCAUGUCAGAGCUUACUCACAGAUGGUUCAGGGAAAAAAAGCUCUGUGAAUUUGAAAUUAUUUCAAAUUUUUAAAAAUAGCAAAAUAAAUGUUCUUUGAGGCAUAUUCACCACUAAAGUUAUUGUUUCCUUUCAAAACUAUAGAGACAAGACUUUUUAUAUAAACUUACAGCAGGACAGUGUGUUUCCUUAUUGCGAUUUUUGAUGUUUAUCAGAUACAAGAAUAAUAAGCUUACAGAGGAUCUUUAAAAGAGAAUUGUUUUAUUUUUUAACCCACUCAACACACACACACACACAAAGCCGUAAAGAAUUUUAAAGUGGCCGGUAUAGCUGUGUACGUACUCAGUUUCUAAACUUGUGGCCUAAAAGCAGUUGGGCAGGAUUUUAAAAACAACCUCCUGAAAAAGAGAAUGUUGGAGUUUAUUGUUUUUGCUGUUCUUUUUGCAAAGUAAUUAAGAAUGGAGGCCCUGGAGCCAAGCCGCUUGUUUGGAAUCCUGGCCACCGCUUAUGUGUGACCUCUGACAAGGUAUUUGAUCUCUCUAGCCUCAGUUUUCUCAUCUGUAAAUCGGGAUAAUACUGUUGAACUCACAGGUCUGUCAACAGGAUAAAUGAGAUAAUACAUGAAAAACACUUAGACUGUGGCGCCUUGGGAGCACUAAAGUUGGCUGCUGCUGUUACUAUUUCAGGAAAAGUUAAUGCUUUCAUAAAAGAACCCUAGUAUGAUUAUAUUGGCUUCCUUCUCCCUCACUAGGAGUAGAAUUACUAGGAGGCUAUAAAAUUUAUGGCCUCUGCUGUUAAACCUGUCCCAAGAUCAAACUAAAGCCUGGAAAUGGAGCAUAUUCUAGAAGACGGCAGGCAUUGUAAUGCAAUAGAAAAAGACUUGGCCUUUGGAGAACUAAGACUGGUUAAAUUCCAGACCUGCCACUUAGACGCUCAGUGACUUUGGUCUUCACCUUGAAAUGUCUAUAAUGUACAAAUCAUCAUAGCAACCAUAAAGGGCUGUUGGGGGGUUAACUGAGAUAAACUUCACAAAACUUCUAAUAAAGUGACUGACCUGAAGAAUGUCCUAAAACAAUGAUGGUUAUUUUCUUACUCCUUUAAAGGUGCAGAACAGUGAAUUUAGAAGGAUAAAGGCGUUAGGAUUAGAAAUAGUAGCAGAGCUUUUGAGGACAUUUUUGAGAAGUGUGAUAAGCUUGUUGCUGCUUGUUCCUGCAGAGGUCUAGACUACCAACGAUGGGCUUAAAUUGCUUCAGAAGGAAUGCCAGUCGACAGGAAGCAUGUCAUGUGUUGUGUAAUCCCAUUCUCAAGAGACGCUGGAGAAGGGUAGAUAGCUAUCUUUCUAGCACAGCACGGGUUUAGUGCACACCAGCCUUGGAACCAGGGACAAAGGACAGAAUCUUUGUCUAGUUCCCAUCUGUGUUUAAAUAUUGAAGCGAAUAUUGAUUUUUCUGGCUAUAAAAAUGUAAUCCUUUCUUUAUCCCACAGAAGGAUCAUGUCAGAUGCACAUUCAAAAUGUAUGUGUAUAUUUUCUUUUAAAGAGAAAAUUGUUCAUCUAAAAUUAGUCACUCUUGGUCAUUGAUCUAGGACUUCUUUAGAACUCUGGGUGUUAUCAAAAGACUUUUUCCUGUCGCACUAUCUUCUGCUUUAAUGCAUUCACUCAGUCAUGCAACAAGUAUUUAUUGAGAACUCCUAAUAUUCCAGGCACUCUGCUAGAUGUUGGUUAGAAAAAAGUGAACAAAAUAGAUCUCUCAUGGAAGAGGAUUCACUCCACUGCUCUUAAAACCUCCAGUGAGCUUUAUGGGAGCUCUUUGCAAAGGAGCAUACUUUGAACCAUUAAAAAAAAAAAUCAGAUUCUUUUGGUUACAGCUAUAGAUGAUAGAAUAUGUUUGGUGUAUGUGAAAACAGGCUCAUCUCCACGUUUGCCUGCAAUCGCCGUACCUACACGUUUCCUUCGAGCAGCGUGCCUUGUGUCUAGUGGGCAGCAGUCUGUGACUUGCAGGAGAGGUACCCAUUGUUGGUAACUCAUGUGAAAUUAAACUUGGGCUGGUCGCUGGUUGAAUCUGUUAUGAAAUAUAAGCUCUCGGUGUCUCUGCUUUUAAUACGUGGGAGGAGAUUUUUCCUUAGAACAAUCAUGGCGAUGUUAACUCUCUUGAAAAGCCGACUAGUGGCUCAAAGGAAAACUGCUGCUCUGGUCUGAAUUGGCGAAGGCAGAAAGCUGCAAUUACAGUACAUUUCCCUAUUACAAAGAGCGCUGGCUUUGCCAGGGAGGGCCGGACGCAGCAUAAAAGCACACCAUAAAAGAACUUUGGUAGUGAAAUGCCUCUGUUUUUAUCCAGAUAUGCUGGUAGCAUGUUUAUUCAGUGUGGUGCCUCUGCUGAGAUAAGACCCGCUUCCUUCGGAUGCCCUAGACUGCCAUUUGUUUAGCUGGAGAACUUAAUGAGUAAUGAAUGUGCUUGUCUGGCUGAUAGAAAGUAUUUCCACAGCCUGCGGCUGUGUUUAUAGAGAGGGGGAGAGAGACCACAGGCAGCAAUUUGUCUUCUUAGGUAUCAGCAAAGUCUUCUCUUUUAACAACUAGAGGAUUUAUUUUUAACUGCUUGACUCAGUGUUUGUCAGAUGAUUCGGACCAUCAAACUGCAGAUUGAAGUACCCGGCGCGGGGGAAGCUGGAAUGGCAAGCGAAAGGGGGCUGGCUGGGAAAAGGGGUGGGAUUUCAGCAUCGUGCCUCCGUGGCUCUGCCUCCCAAUGUGGGAGAGUUUAGGGCUUCCUGCAGCAUGAGUGUAUUGCAGGUCAAGCUGGGAACUAAAGGGUAAUGGCUGCCUUCAGCUGCUUAAAGACGUGAUUGCCCAGUGAUUGGGGUAUUGUGAGGAGGCGCCCAGGACCCAGGGACCAGAGCGUUCUGAGCGCGCCGGCCUCUGCUGUUCGGCUAUUUGAGCUUUUCUCCUGCUUGAUGCUGCCUGUCUCCAGAAGCCUCUCACCAUGAUCGAUAGCUCCAAGAAGCAGCAACAGGGCUUCCCAGAGAUUUUAACUGCUGGGGAUUUGGAACCUUUAAAAGAAAAGGAAUGCCUUGAGGGGAGCAACCAGAAAAGUCUCAAGGAAGUGCUCCAGCUGAGGCUGCAACAAAGGAGGACGAGAGAACAACUAGUGGACCAGGGCAUCAUGCCACCUUUGAAGAGCCCAGCGGCAUUCCAUGAGCAGAUAAAAAGCUUGGAACGAGCCAGAACUGAAAACUUUUUGAAACACAAGAUUCGGAGCCGACCAGACCGUUCUGAACUUGUCAGGAUGCACAUUUUAGAAGAAACGUUUGCAGAGCCGUCCCUGCAGGCUACUCAGAUGAAGUUGAAAAGAGCUCGACUAGCUGAUGAUCUGAACGAAAAGAUUGCUCAACGACCCGGUCCCAUGGAGCUGGUAGAGAAAAACAUCCUUCCUGUAGACUCCAGUGUUAAGGAAGCAAUUAUAGGCGUCGGGAAGGAGGACUACCCCCAAACUCAGGGCGAUUUCUCAUUUGACGAAGACAGCAGUGAUGCUCUGUCUCCGGACCAGCCAGCCAGCCAGGAGUCUCAGGGGUCAGCCGCAUCCCCAAGUGAGCCAAAAGUUAGCGAAUCGCCAUCUCCUGUGACUACAAACACUCCAGCCCAGUUUACUUCAGCAGUUCCUGAAUUCUUGAAAACUCCUACUACGGAUCAGCCCCCCACAAGGUCCACAGCUCCUGUCCCCCCCACAAACACUGUGUCCUCAGCAAAGCCUGGGCCAGCACUGGUAAAGCAAAGCCAUCCCAAGAAUCCGAAUGACAAACACCGUAGCAAAAAGUGCAAAGAUCCCAAACCCCGGGUGAAGAAGUUGAAGUACCACCAGUACAUUCCACCAGAUCAGAAAGGUGAGAAGAACGAGCCACAGAUGGACUCCAACUACGCCCGCCUGCUCCAGCAGCAGCAGCUGUUCCUGCAGCUACAGAUCCUGAGCCAGCAGCAGCAGCACUACAACUACCAGACCAUCCUGCCCGCGCCACUCAAGCCACUCAAUGACAAAAAUAACAGUGGGAGUUCAGCUUUGAACAAUGCCACACCUAACACAGCAAGACAGAGCGCGUGCGCUCCUGGGAGGAAGCCGGGACCUCUGCCUUCUAGCCUGGAUGACCUAAAGGUGUCAGAACUGAAGACAGAACUGAAGUUGAGAGGUCUUCCAGUGUCCGGCACCAAACCAGACCUCAUCGAACGCCUGAAACCCUACCAGGAAAUGAACAGCAGCAGCGUAGCCGCUAGUGGCAUCGUGGCAGUGUCAACAUCUGCCAUCGUCACUAGUAACCCAGAAGUCACCAUGGCAUUGCCAGUUACAACACUACAUAACUCUGUGACCAGCUCAGGCCCCACUUUCAAGGCAGAAUUGCCCUCUGCUGGAACCAGCAACGUAGCCCAUGUUGAAAGCAUUAAUUCCCCUCUGCCAAUCUCGCCGUCUCCCUCUGAACAGUCCAGUCUCAGUACCGAGGACACGAGCAUGACGGACACUUUCACCGAGAUUAUGACCAUGAUGUCUCCUUCACAGUUCUUGUGUUCGUCUCCUCUGAGAGUGACAAAUAAUGAAGACAGCCUAAGUCCCACCAGCAGCACCCUGUCAAAUCUGGAACUGGAUGCAGCCGAGAAGGAUCGCAAGCUUCAGGAGAAAGAGAAGCAGAUCGAAGAGCUAAAGAGGAAACUGGAACAAGAGCAGAAGCUCGUGGAAGUUCUGAAAAUGCAACUUGAGGUUGAAAAACGAGGGCAGCAGCAGCAGCAGCAGCAACAGCGGCCGCUGGAACUCCAGCCCAGUGCACCCGCUAAUUCUGCCCAUAAAUUAGAUCAGAAACAUGGCAGUGUUGCUUCCUCCAUCAAAGACGAGACCGCGCUCACUGACUGCUCCAGCUCCAGGCAGCCCGUCUCAGUGGCCAGCCAUUCUGUAAGCCAGCCUGUCUCCACGGGUGGCCAGACCCUUGUUGCCAAAAAGGCUGUAGUGAUCAAGCAAGAGGUCCCCGUGGUCCAAGCAGAGCAGCAGAGCAUCGUCCCGCAGUUUUAUGUGAGUUCCCAGGGACAGCCGCCGCCUGCCAUCGCUCAGCCUCAGGCUUUACUGACCACGCAGACUGCUCAGCUGCUGCUCCCAGUGUCCAUCCAGGGCUCGAAUGUCACCUCAGUGCAGCUCCCAGUAGGCAGCCUCAAACUCCAGACUCCACCACAAGCAGGAAUCCACACUCAGCCUCAGAUAGCAACUGCUGCCUUGUCCUCGGGCUUGGCCCAGACUGCACCCCAGAAACAAGAUGCUUUCACGCCGCAUGUGCUCAGUCAGUCUCAGCAAGUCAGAAAGGUGUUCACAAACUCGGCCUCAAACACAGUCCUUCCGUACCAGAGAGCACCUGCCCCGGCAGCCCCGCAGCCCUUUAUUAAGAAGACUUCCAACGGCGCUCCUCCAUCCAGAAAUGCGCCGCUUCCGUCCCUGCACAACGGGCCCAGCACGCCCAGCAAGCCUGGGUCGCCCCCUCCACCCCAACAGUUUGUCGUCCAGCACUCUCUCUUCGGGAGCCCUGUCCCCAAGACGAAAGACCCUCCCCGCUAUGAGGAGGCCAUCAAGCAGACGCGCAGUGCCCAGUCCUCCCUUCCGGAGAUUUCCAGCGCACACAGUCAGCAGAUGGACGACCUCUUUGAUAUCCUCAUUAAGAGUGGAGAGAUUUCCCUCCCUAUAAAAGAAGAGCCUUCUCCUAUUUCCAAAAUGAGACCAGUGACAGCCAGCAUCACCACAAUGCCAGUCAACACAGUGGUGUCCCGGCCACCCCCCCAAGUCCAAAUGGCACCACCCAUAUCCUUAGAACCUAUGAGCAGUUUAUCUGCCAGCUUAGAGAACCAACUAGAAGCUUUCUUGGAUGGAACUUUACCCUCAGCCAAUGAAAUUGCUCCACUACAAAGCAGCAGUGAAGAUAGAGAGCCCUUCUCUCUGAUUGAGGAUCUCCAGAACGAUCUGCUGAGCCACGCAAGUGUGCUGGACCAUUCUCACUCACCCAUGGAAACUUCCGAGGCCCAGUUUGCUGCAAGUACUCCCUGCCUGUCACUUGACCUUUCUGACUCAAACUUGGACAACAUGGAGUGGUUAGACAUUACCAUGCCUAACUCGUCGUCAGGACUCACUCCUCUCGGCGCCACUGCUCCAAGUAUGUUCUCUGCCGACUUUCUAGACCCACAAGACCUACCACUGCCGUGGGACUAACAUCACGCAUUUCUCGUCUGAGAGUUCAUGAGGUUUAAGAAGAUGAAGAUGAUUCUAAAAGGUCAGUUUUUAGGGACAGAUCCAUAGUUGCAUCAUUGCAAUUAAAAUAUGUUGUCACGGAAAGAAUGGAUGGACAGUCAUAGCCUGGAAACCAAGUUUGAAAACAUUUCACUGCAUCCAGCAGUGAAUGUCUACAAUUCAGUAUAGCACAGGGCCUUCUGAAAAAUCUCUAGUCAGAGAAGACUCAUCUGUUUCUCCAGACUUUGGUAAAGAAUGACAAGUACCUUUAGAUAAAAACAUAAAGAAGAGUAGUGUGUGCAGGAUAGCAAUGUGAGGGUUCUCUGGUAAUCAGCUGCAUUUAAACCAUCAUGGUCACUUUAGACCUAGCAUAAAAGAAUGCCAGUGUGAGGGAGGUGAGAGGUCACUGCAUGUGGUGUUUCCUAGACAUGGUCUGAGCCUGGCCCAAGGUGCAGCAGGGGUCAGAGGCAGUGGAGAGCGCCAGCUGGCUCAGUGACAGCUUCCAGCUGAAGACUUUGGUUCCAUUCAGAAACUAAUGUAAUUUUUUUGUGUUGUAGUUUAUUUUGUGAUUUUUGGAAUCUUACUUUAGAUUUCCAAAUUUAAAUUUAAAUGGAAGGUCUUUCACCAUAACCAGACAAUGUCUACAAAAUUCUGUCAUAAACAAUCCACUGUGAAAAGUCCAGGUAUACUGAUAACACUGAGAAUUCUCCGAGCAGCCCUCUGGGUUGGUUAGAGCGAUUUGUAAUGUGUAUAUUAGACGUGUGUGUGUGUGUGUGCACUCUGACAGUGUGUUUUGUGCAGCCUACACUGGGGCAAGGCGUUGGGCAUCCAGUGGUCCUGUUAAUAACUCGAAUAUUUCUUGAGCACUUGAGCCACAUGUAUUUCCAUGUUUAAAGAAUUGCUGACUGACUUUCAGGUAACCAGACCCAUCUCACAGAACCAAGAAAAGGCUUUAGCGUAAAAUAUCUUUCUGAGCUGGUGAGUUGCAAAGAGAAGGCAAAAGAGAAGUCUGUCAUCAACCCAGGAUGUUCCCAUGUGGUUCCAGGUUAGACCGUGUCGCCAGGUUGGCCGCUGAUCCCAGCUCUGGCUGUCCUCUUCUCUGUUGCUUAUCCCUGGUUAUUGCUUUACAGGCUUGUAACUGGAUAUCAUACCUGAGCUCUCACUAUAUUAUCAAGCCGAAGAUUGAAAAACUGGAGGUUUUAUUAGUAAUUUUUUGUAUAGAAGAAAAGUUGUCACAUAUUUGUUGAGUAGUUUAAGAAUUUUCUAAAUGCCAACUAUGACAGGAUUUCCAAAAUUACUUCAAGCUAGUUAUUUAAGUAUAUGACAAAAUGUAAAUAACUGAAAAAAAACCUGAAGUCUACCAAAAAGCAUGGAGGUUUUUAUUCGAUAAUAUCAUGCUCUCCACCUCACCUUGUGUAAACCCUAGGGCCAGGUUAACUUCUCGGGGUCAUUAAAUGGUGACUGUUCCCACAGUGACAUGCAGGAGGCAACCUGACCCAUUAUCUGGGAAGACUUUACGCGUCAUUCUGUGUGUGUGUGUUUUGCCUCAGAGCUGAUCUCAUUUCAGAUUUGUAUUUCGGUUUGUAAAUUUUACAACAUGUCAGAAAAGUCCAUUUUCCCAGCAUUCAGUCACCUCGAACACUGGAGCCCUCUGUGCGCUGGCACUUCCCAACGUGAACGAGCUCCUGGAUGGUUCAGGGCACAGGCGGGCAUGCUCAGUGAGGUCUGUAGUGAGUAGCUGAAGUGUUUAGAAGUUGGUGAUCCCACAGAAACUCUCUCUUACCCAGUACGCUGCCAUCUGACCAGGCCCAGCAGAGGGCUUGCCUUCUGGGCCGUGAUGCGCAUCCUUGAGUCGGUUCCUUUCAGACCGCCUGUCUCCUGCUGGGCUAUUUACUUGGGAAGGUGCUUUCCAUAGGGAGGGUCCUGGCCAGGGGUCUUUGUCUGGGGCGUGUCUGGUCCAUGCGUAGACUCUGAGCGUCAUUUGCAUUCAGAUUUGAGUGGCUUAUUGCAUCAGCGCUGCCUGUCAGUGGGACUGUAGGAGGCAACUCAGCAGCUAGUGCUGUUGACUCUUGUCGUAUAACUUUCUAUCUCCAUCCUCCUGAGUUGUGUACAUAGAUGGUUUUCUAGCCCUCAACUCCCUUAUUGCUUUUUUAAAAUAGGGUUUGAAACAUGCCACAGGAAGGUUGCUCUCCAAAAAUACACACUGCCAUGCAAAGAAUGCCAUCUCAUUAGCCUGCUCUCUUGUGACUAUGACUUGCUCAAGUGCUCGCUUCACGUAUGUGUUCAAACCUUUUUGUACCAGCAUUUCCUUUAAAAGGAAGGCAUGGAGUUGCUAGUUAUUAACUCUACCAGCCACCCACUCACACCAUUCCGCUGGGCCCUCCUGUCCCGGCUUGAGCAGCAAGCCGGGCAUCUGACAUCGAUGCUGCUCUCCAGGGUCCCAGCUACAUGUUCCAGGUUAGAGUGAGAACACAGACUGUGUGCGGCAUGUGACGUGACCAAAGAUGACCCUCUUGUAAUCAAGGCCCCUCUGACCUAACUCGGUGUCCAUAAUGGUAAGUGCAAAGGCAAGGGGGUGUGUUUACUAAGAGGACUGUGUUUAUCGUUUGAGGUAAGUUUCACAGCCCUGAAAGCACAGGUCAGACGAGCCGGGUGGAUUUUCGGCAUGCACGUGUGUAGUUUAGAAGGGGUGCUGUCGUGGUCCAUCACCUUGCAGAAUAUCAUAUUGCCAAGAAAACAACUAACUCCUAGAAACACACUCUCUCACAUCCAGUCUUAUUUCCUCAAAUAUUCCUGAAACACAGUAGUAUCAAGCUGACCUUUCUAGUAUCUACAGGUAUCAGGUCAUGUCAUGGGUGGGUGAAUAGAAAGUUAUCCCAAAGCUUCUACACAGUCUCUGGGAGUCUGGGGGGUGGUCAUCUUGUACAUUUCAGCCAGGCCUGUGCUAGGAAGCCUCUUAGGACAGCGUUCGUGGUUCACGUGCUUGUGUUUUUCCUGAAAUGUGCAAUCUACUGUAUAGCAUUUGCCACAUAUUUGUAUAUAGAUGUAUUCUGAAUUUGUGGAAUUUCUUGCUUAGAUACUAUUUGUGUUUGUUUUAUAUGAAUAUUUUUAUAAUACUGAAGAGAGCUUAUUUAAAUUCCCUUUGUAAAGUCUGCACCGUUCUGCGAUCCGUGUAGCUGGCGCUUCCGUGAGUGCAGCUUAAGACAGUGGCAGAGGCAGGCUGGCAUUGCUUCCUGGCUGCCGCCUGUUGCAGGCAAAGUCACGGGAAUCAGAUAGGCCACUGAGCCGUGCAGUCAGCGGACACUGAGUGCUGCAGCAGGAGCGUGGUACCCAUUUUGUCACCAAAGCUGACUCAGGCUUCCUCUCCCCUCAACCCCAGAUCAUUCCAGGCCACAUAGGAGUCCCUUCGGAAUUCCCAGGCUGAAUCCAGCUGACGAAACAGCUGUCCCUGCAAGUGAGGGGACAGUCCCUCUCCUGUCCGCAAACAGACUUGGCCCUAGGGAAGUGCUCAAGCACUUGGCAGGGUCCCUACACAGCCUCACCUGUGUCGUGGGCCCCCCGAGUGGCUAGCCUCACCAGAGCCCCUGCUGUCAGGCAGGUGGGGAGGGUGUGGGCCGCUGAGGGCUUUUUAGAGAACUUUAGAGAGAACAGCUUUUCACUGUCCACCAGCAGAGCAACAAAGGUCCAUUUACCAAACUCACAAAUACCCUCCAUCCCUCACCACUAACACGAAUCCUGACUACUGCCAGCGGAGCCGAAUACCCAACUGUCCCUGCCCCGGAGGCCACACAUAGCCCAGGUCAUCAGAACGGGAACUGGAAGGUCAGGGUCACCGAGGAGCCCGCUUACCAGUGAGGAGUGUGUCUUUGGAGAGCAGCCUGACUGCGUUUCAGUCAAAACUGGAAAAUAACAACAUUUAGUAAUUCUUUCUCCUGGUCCAAACCUUCAGUAACUUGUUCAUGCAACAAUCUGUCCUGGCUGCAUUUUCCUCUGUGAAGUGACUGCGUGGUAAUAAGCAGGUCAGUGUUUUCCACGUACACCUUUUCUUGAAGCAUUUGAGGAAAUGCAUCAUUGCAAAGGGUUUCUACCUGACACCUUUGAUUUGAGGCCUGUAAUUCAAAAAGCUGCACAUGUUUACAAAAGAGCUCUUACCCUCCACGUAAAUACAUUGCUCUGUGAAUCAUUAUUGGAAAAUGUCACCGUUUUGUGACAACAGGAUGGCAAUCUCAGAUCUACAAGGUGCUGUCUGGAAUCAAAUAAAAUGUCAUUGGUGAUAUCCACACAGGUGUCGUGUUUAACAGAGCUUUGUGCCAACUACUAAGACAAAGCUUUAACCAAGUUCAUAGAAGCACCGAGACUCAUAACAAUUACCUCUCUACGUUAUGCUGUAAGGAAACCUGCUAAUUGGUAGGAGGAGGAAGCAGUUAGAAGAGGGUUUAGUAUCUACCAAAAGUACUUAACCUCAAGUAACCAAUAGUAACACGAACUCGCUUUAAAGGAACCAAAGGCACUGCCAAGUAUUUGCCAAAAGGAGGCACUUUUUAUUUAAAAUUUGAGACUAAAGAGAUCUCAAAAAUCAGUCCCAAAAAGGUAUUAUCCAUUUAAGGUUAUAAUUUUCACAAAGAUGUAGAUAUUUCUCUUGUUUUCAUGUAAAAUAGUAUAGAUUCGUUUUGUUGGCUUAAGAAUAAAACAUAUUUAGUAGUACUACGAAGUUUUCUCCUUUCUGCGUAUAAAUUAGUUUUCUUUUCUUGCUUGCAAUAGAAAUGCAACGCGAUAGGUGUUUCUCUUCUUAUUUUCAUUGUCACAUUAUGUCUUAGCAUCUCACUUUAUGAAAAAAAGGAGAAAGAUACCAAUCUACAGAGCCCUGCCUAGUAAAGCACUAGUUUAAUAAACAAAAAAUUAUGGCAAUCGGGGGUCCAUUCAUGUAUUGCCUUUAUGUUGUUUUUUAAAAGAAAAACCAUGAUGCCUUUGUAUUUGCUGUUUGCACCCCUGAAAUCAAUUCCAUAUCAUGUUUGAAUGCCAUACAUUUUGCACAUGUACUGUACAUAGGUGAUGCAUACUGUAUUUUUAUAUGUGUGCACCUUUAUCAUCAGAUCUUUUGUACAUAGUGGCAGUAUUGUAGCUGAUCGGGAAAUGUUUGAUAUCUCAGCAAUUUUGCAUUUUUGUGUCUCAAAUAAAAAACCGUUUUGAUGUAC